AUGGAUGUGCAAUUGUGCGAUGGUUCAUUGGGUGAUGAGAAAGAUGGUACAAACUCUUUGGGAACUAUAGUUACAGAAGAUUCUAGUGGAAACAUUCCAAAUGUAAAUUCAAAUAUAAAUGUAUAUGAUUGUAUGGAGUUCAAGCGAAAGCGCUCCGUUAUAAAAGAAAAGCGUUUUGUGAUAAAUGAUAUGGUUGAAACAGUUGAUUUUGGUCUACUACCUGAGGGUUGGCUCCAACUACGUCAUAUUUCUGGACUUAAUGUAUAUUUACACAGAUCAAGCCGAGUGGUGACACUUUCAAGACCAUAUUCUAUUGGACCGAGUAGUGUACGUCACCACCGUAUUCCUGUAUCGGCUAUUCCAUGUUUGGCUUAUCGUAAAGCUAGUGGAAAAUUUUUUUAUCCAACUGAAUCUCAUAAGGUCCCUUCAGAGUUCAGUAGUCCAGUGAAUGAGUUAAAUAAUAAAACAGUAUGUUGUCCGUUUGAAAUAUCACCAACAAACAUCCCAUCUGAAGAUGUAAAAACAGUCAAAAAAUUAGACCUAUCUAAUGAAUCGUUAGAAGAUGAAGUGUCAGUGAUAAGUAACAAGCAUGAGGAUGAGCUAUCAAUUAAUUGUGGUGCUUCAGUAUCAUUCAGUCGUAGUAGAAAUAACUCGUUUUCAUUACCUGAAGAUAACAAUAAUACUAAUCACAAUAUUGCUGAUGUAGUGAAAAGUAAAAAUUCCGAUAAAGAAGAAGGUGAAUUAUCUUCUGGUGAUGAUGAAAAAGAGAAUUCAUUUGAAGAUGAUAGUCGAGCUAAAAAACCACGUUUGAAUAAUAAUGACGAUGUUAGUGAUGGUGUUGGCGAAGAUUCAAUCAACUGUUCAUCCAAUGAAACAUCAUCUUUACAAAAUUCAUUACCUAAAGCAGCUGAAGAAGUGUCAAGUACUUGUAAUAACGUUCUAUAUAACAGAUCAACUCAUUUUGGAAAUAGAUAUCGUAAAUUUAGACGUGGUAAUCUUCUAACCAAAAGAUCUUGUUUAACAACAUCACCAAAUGUUCAACUGUCAGAGUCUGAUCGUAUAUCCAACGUAUCUACCAAUAAACAAAAUGAGUCACCUACUGGAACUCAAGAAAUUGUUGCUGUUAAAACUCAGGUGUUUUCUAUUAAAGACAAAGAAAAAGAAUCUCUGUUGACACCUGAUGAUAUUCGUGAAUAUUGUGGACGUCUUUUUGAAAUCAGAGUAGAAGAUACAGUAAUUAAAAGAAAUCGUGAAUAUCAUUGUACAACAGAUCUUACUACUAAAGAAUCAGAAGACAUACAGAAACCAUUACUGAUGAUGUCAGAACAGGCAAAAGUUAUUCGAUAUCAAAUACCAUCGGCUGAUGGAAACGUUUCGCGAAAGCAGCCUAAAGAGGGUAUGAUCAAUAUGACUGGUAAAUCAUAUGUUUGCAUUCUUCAUGAGUAUUGCCAAAAUGUUAUACGUCGUCCGCCGACAUAUCAGACAACAGUUCUUGAAAAUGAUAAAAAUCCCUAUCAAAUGACAGUAUUUAUUAAUGGCAAUCCAUAUGGAACCGGUACAGGGCAAAGUAAAAAGUGUGCAAGAUUAGAAGCGGCUCGUAAGGCGCUUGAAGUCUUAAUUCCGGAUUUUCAAAAGAUUGUAUGUAGCAAUUCACAUCAAACAGGUCCAGUGGUAGCCUCUGAUCGUGAUAUGCAGUUGUUCGAUUCCAUUUCGGUGACUGAUCCACGUUUAUAUGAAUUAUCUGUGCGUAUGGCAUUACCUACUCCAUAUAAUCUACUUGUUGAAUGUUUAAGUCGAAGUUGUGUUCCUGAGUCUGAUUUGAAGUCAAAUAUGAUAUCUCAAGGACGCAGUAAACACUUUUUCACUUUACAGCUGAGAGAACAUACUGUUAAGGUUAGAUGUAAAAACAAAAGAGAAGGUCGUCAUUUAUCUGCUCAACAUCUUUUAGCCCGUCUACAUCCUGAAGUUAGUACCUGGAGUGGUCUUUUACGUAUUUAUGGUCCGGGUAGUAAACCAGACAAGCGAAAUGAGUUGGAAACAAUCCAAGAUGCACAAAUUCAACAGAAGUCAGCUGUAAAAGCUAGUUUAAUUCGUUUAUUAAAAGCGAAAAUGAGUGAAUUAGCUGAUCAGUGGGAAAAGUCUGGCGGAAAUUCGAAUCCGAAAGGGAAGUUUUUUGUUUCACCCUACAACCUUCCUGUGGUCGCUUUCCAUCCUGACUCUGAGGGUGACUUGUACAGUUCUGCACCGAUUGCAUCUUCUUCCUCCCCGCCCAUACUACCCCCAACAUCGGAUUAG